AUGUACAGAAUAGAUGUUUCAGAUUUUUAUGACUUCCAAGCAUUCAGAAAUAUGUGUCCAUUUCGAGACUAUAACAAAGCAGUCGAGAAUUUGAAACGUUUAGUCAUUUAUGUCGACUCUGCCCCAGAAUGUUAUGUCAUGAAAGAAUGGGUUGUUGUCUUUAACAAACCUAAAGCGACAAUAGUUUCAGAACAAGAAUGUAGACAGAAACUUAAGAAAAUAAAAGUCGUACAAGUUGGCAUGAAGAUGUUAGAUGCUUGGGAUAUCUUAUUGUCAAAGUUAGAAGAUUUUUCA